GUUUAUUCCGCUGUGUCGAUGAUUGAUAUGUUCAAUGUUAUGCAUUUGACGACGUCUCUGGAAUUUGGACUAUGGCACAUCAAGAGCGAGCACAUGAUGGAAUGAAUAUCUCGGACAACGUCUUUGGAGACAAUACUCAGAUUCGGCAAGGUGACAGCUCUGAGUUUCGACUUGACGGCCCUGGAAGUAUUCAGAAUAACAAUACAGGCAGCCAAAUAUCUGCUGUUGGCUUCAAUGCAUCUGUGAAUUUUCAUUAUAAUCCAGGUAGUACCAACAAACAUCAAUGCCUCGUAGACUUGCGCUCUACAGACCCCCGCGAUGACAAGGCUCGCAUCGAGCAGAGCAAAGGGUGUCUUUUGCCAGGCUCGUACCAAUGGGUGCUCGAGAGUGUCGCUUACCAACAAUGGCGCCGCACUGAGAACACCCAGGUGCUGUGGAUCAAGGGUGAUCCUGGCAAGGGCAAGACGAUGCUGCUCUGCGGAAUCAUCGACGAAUUGACAGCCUUAGAACGCUCUACGAAUCAAAGAGCUGGUUUGAUCGUAUCUUACUUCUUCUGCGAAGCAUCCGAUGCACGUAGCAAUGACGCUACAUCGGUGCUUCGAGGGCUCAUCUACCUCCUUGCUGACAAGCAGCCAUCUCUCAUCGAGCGAAUACAAAAGAAGCAUGACCGCGCUGGAAAAGCACUCUUUGAAGAUACAAACGCCUGGUUUGCCGUUUCUGGAAUCUUGACCGAGAUUUUACAAGACUUGCGGUCGAAGGAUACUUAUUUGAUCGUUGACGCGCUGGACGAGUGUGCCCCUGGCGAUUUGUCAAAACUCUUAAACUUCAUACAGGCCUCAUCUUCAUCUCGCAUCAAAUGGAUCAUCUCAAGUCGAAACCAACCUCAAAUUGAGCGUAGAAUAAGAUCCAAUCAGCACUUGGCUACGUUAAGUCUCGAGCAGAAUGCGGAACAUGUAUCCCGGUCCGUUGAUGAAUAUAUUAAGCUGCGGGUUGCUAACCUAUCAUCAAUUGCCGAUAAUGAGGACCUUCAAGCGGAAGUUAGGGAUAUAAUGCGACGAAAAGCUCACGGUACCUUUUUGUGGGUUUCGCUUGUUAUUGGGGAGCUUGAUGCAGCUUCGAGUUGGGAGGUACAACAUAUUGUGAAGGAAUUGCCCGAGAGUCUCAAGGAAGUAUACAGAAGAAUGAUCAGGCAGAUCCAGGAGCAUAAGCAACGGAUAGCAGAACAAUGCUGGCCCCUGCUUUCCACCGCCGCUGUGGCAUAUCGGCCGCUUCGACUCGAGGAACUAGCUCUUUUAGCCGGCGUCCAGGAUAAUAUUUCAGACAAACCUCAGUUCAUUACGGAAGUUGUUAACCUCUGUGGCUCCUUUCUCACCAUUUUAAACGGAACUGUCUAUAUAAUACAUCAAUCAGCCAAGGAAUUCCUAACAGGAGACGCAUAUCGGGAUAUCUUUGGUUACGGGAUCAGCACCAAGCAUUGUGUUAUCUUUUCGAAAUCUCUCCAACUUAUGUCUUGUGUUCUUAGACGAGAUAUAUACGGCUUGGCCAACCCUACAUUCCCCGUUGAUAAGGUCCAGGAACAUAGCCCAGGCCCACUAGAUGGUGUUUACUAUUCGUGUGUUCAUUGGGUGGAUCAUCUAGAAGAAGCAGAGCAAACCAUCAAACAAGAUGGCGACGUCAAACUUUCCAUUAUCCACCGAUGUCACGUCAAAGUCGACAAGUUCUUGAGGACAAAGUUUUUAUACUGGCUAGAGGCUCUCAGCCUCAGGAGAAGCAUAUCAAGCGGAGUCUUAGCGAUAGCGAAAUUGGAGCAACUUCUUUCCACACAAUCCAACACAAUCCCGCAUUACUUUGAGCUCGCUCACGAUGCCAAUCGUUUUAUUCUAUACUUUCGAUCUAUCAUUGAAAGAUAUCCUCUCCAGGCAUAUUCAUCAGCGCUGAUAUUCAGCCCAAGUCAAUGUUCGAUACGACACCACUUCGAGCAUAAACAACCUUCGUGGAUAACGGUAACCCCAUUAAUUGAGAGUCAAUGGAGUGCACUCCUGCAGAUUCUUGAAGGCCAUACUAGUUCUAUCAACGCGGUAUCUUUCUCUCCCGAUUGUCAACGACUGGCAUCCGCAUCCGAUGACUUUACGGUGCUUCUUUGGGAUGCAAAUACCGGUGCAUUACUGAAAUCCCUUACAGCACAUACAAGUAAAGUCUUAUCCGUUGCCUUCUCCCUAAAUGGUGAAAGGUUAGCAUCAGGUUCUCACGAUGGUAGAGUAUGCCUUUGGGAUGUUGAUACUGGAGCGAUGGUCUGGAAUGUUAAGAAACAUGACAAUCCGGUUCUCUCAGUAGUAUUCUCAUCUGAUCAUCGACAUGUAACAUCGGCAUCUUUGGGUGGUCUGAUAUGGUCUUGGGACGUGAGAACGGGUGUGCUAUUAUCGGCCUUCGUUGAGACGACGAACGUUACAGUAAUAGCCUUUGCGCCUAACGGGAAACGAGUAGCGACAGUAUUGGAGGAGGGUGAGAGAAUACGCGUAAAUCUUUGGGACGUUCGAAAUGGGGUGUUGUUACGAACCUUAAAGGGUGGCAAUUGUCGUGUCUGGUCAACUACCUUCUCGCCAGAUGGCGAACAACUGGUACUUACAACAUAUGACGCCGCAGCACCGUCUGGGAAACGGGAUUCGGUACAUAUUUAUGAUAUCCGGAGACUUUCUGAAAGGGAUCUUGAGAGACAGAAAACCAUCAACGGCGAUUUUGGUCGAGUGUGGUCGGCAGCCUUCUCGCCUGAUUGCAAAACGCUGGCGGCAGGAUGUGGUGACGGCAAGGUGCGGCUAUGGGAUCCGACUACGGGCAUGGUGAUACGGUCUUUGAAGGGAAAUACGAACCAAGUGAAUUCAGUGGUAUUCUCAUCUAACGGCAGAAAACUAGCAUCCGCCUCAUACGACGGCAUGCUUCGGCUCUGGGAUGUACAUGCGGCAGCGCCAGAGCAGGCUCUUGUUCAAAGAAGCCGAGUCACCCUGAUAAUCUUUUCACCAGAUCAUCGACGGUUGGUAUCAGCGUCGCACAACAAAACCCUGCUGCUCUGGGAUACCAGCACGGGCAAGGUGCAGCACGAGCUCCAGGGUCAGGGGAGCCGAGUCUGCUCAGUAGCCUUCUCUUCUGAUAGCAAAAUGCUUGCGGCAGGAUUUAACGAUGGCACAGUGUGGCUUUGGGAUGCACAAACAGCUGAACAGCUGAUGAUAUUUGACAGUAGAACAAAAUACAGCAACACAAUAAACAGCAACCCGGUAGUGAGAAGAGAUAACACUCAAUUGGUGCCACGUCCAAGGGGUCCUACGAGAUGGCUUCGGAGUAUAAGUAGGACGCCGCGUCCCUCGGAUGCAAUCAAUGGUGUAUUUCAAGCAUGGGAUGGGCUCUCAGAAUUGCUUUUGAAAGCUAUGAAGAGCAAUACAUGUCUUGUUGAUUCAGUGGCAUUCUCCCCAGAUGGUCGACUGUUGGCUUCAGCUCUAUAUGAGGGCACUCUUCUGCUCUGGGAUAGAAGCACAGCUGCUCUGAGAAACACUCUCAAAGGCCAUACGGGUAAAGUUAAUUCAGUUGCAUUCUCAUCAGAUAGCCAAAAACUCGCAUCGGCAUCCGAUGACAGUGUAGUGCUGGUCUGGGAUGUAGCAUCCAGCAGGUUACUCUUGACCCUUCAAGGCAAUACGGAUCGGCUAUUGUCAGUAGCCUUUUCGCCUGACAACAAAAGACUGCUAUCAAGUUCCCACAAUGGUAUGCUAUGGCACUGGGAUGUGACCACAGGGGUGCUGUUGAAUACGUACGCGAUGGAAUCGACAUUUCAAUUGUCAUUUAAAAAUGAAUCAACAAUCAUUACGGACAGGACCGUCACUUCUCUAGAUGACUUGUCUCAACGCUCAGAGGUCAGUGGGAGUUUUGAGCAUCACAACGAGUCCAAAGCUCGGGGGUGGACUCUAAGCGAGGACAGGUGCUGGGUCAAUCGCAAUGACCGGAGAGUCCUUUGGCUGCCACCAGAAUAUCGUCCUGUGAGAUCGGCAGUGGCUACACAGAAACUUGCUAUUGGAUGCUCCUCAGGAAAUGUGUUAAUUCUAGGUUUUGCAUCGGACAAACACAUGUGGGUAUAGAACUCUUUCGUGGUUAUAUAAGAAAGCCGACGGCAUAUUGUAUGCAGUCCUUUGCAAGAAUGUUACGUAGUAAGUAAAUGGCAACCCAGCAGAACAUAUUCGAUAGCGGGAGGCUGUUUGAAGAUGGCCUUGAAGAAUGGCAUCAUGGCAUACAAAGUCUAAUAAACGAAGCGGGCGAAGCUGUGAAAAGAAAGUUCUGAUUGAAACGACUUCGCGUCACCCAGGGAAUAUCGUACCGCGACUCCAGCAGAGUUGAAGACGUUGCCGCC